AUGUCUUAAAAAGAUAAUUUAAUUCAAUAUUUACCCGUUCCUUAUAAAAAAAAAAGAUUUUAUACUUUAUAGGAUUUAAAAUUACAUAAUACAGCUAAUGAUUGUUGGAUUACAUUUUUUAAUUAAAUAUACGACAUAACAGCUUUAAUAUAACAAAACAUAAAUUCACCCUUUAUUAAACCUCUUAUUGAAGCAGCUGGAAGUGAUAUUACUUAUUGGUUUGACCCGUUAUCUAAAGAUCCAAGGGUUUAAAUUGAUUUAAAUACUGGAUUAGAAAAAUUUUAUUGUCCUUAAGGUAUAUUUUUACAUAUUUAACCUUCUGGACCUGAGAAUAUAAAUUUAGUUGAAGAUUUAUAAACACCAUGGUGGAAAAAUCCUAUAUUCUUUAUAGGAAGAUUGACUAUUAGAAGUUCAAAAAUAAAUAUUAUUAAUAUGCUCACAUAACAUGAAGAUUUAAUUGAAGUUCCUUGCGAAGAAACUAUAAAUGAAAUUUUAGAAAGAUAUAAAUAAAUAAAUGCACAUGCAGCAAGUUAUACUUGGAAAAGACUUGGAAGACCUCUUGAUAUGGAAUUAAACUUAGAAGAAAAUAAUAUUAUUGAUUAAACUGCAGAAUUUGAAAGACUUGGAAUUCCAGAAAACGAAUGGUAUUGGCCUACUAUUCACUUAUAUUUUAAUGACGAUUUGACUGUUUUGUGA